AGCUGUCGUCGCGUCCCUCUCGAGUCCCGGCUUUCUGGAAGGAAAUCCUCGAGUUGCUUUGCCAAAACCAUGCGACAAACAUCAAUCCUGCAAAUCAACGACGUAAAAAGAAACACAACCAAAAACCUUAUAGCCAGCCCCAACACGCAUGCACGGGCUGUAGCUUUCUUGCUGGACUUACCUGCGAUUAUCAUUAACCAUUUGGACUGUGCCGGAGAGACCGCCUAGCCCCUGCGCGGAGCAAACAACUCCCUUGCGUGAAAUUGGGCGGCUGCCCGCACCACGCUUGUACAGUACCACCGCUGGACCUUAUCGUCUAGACAGAGGCAACGAACGAACGGGGGGCCUGGGCUGGGGCAAAUAUCCAACAAGUAAUCUUACGCCUGCGCUUUAUGUCGUCUUCCUCAGGGCUGGAACAGCAAUUGAAGAGUGGCGGUAUACACAUGCACUUUGUUGUACGGCAGGAGCGACUGAUCGACCAUUACCAACCAAGAGUCGAGUUCUGGUCAUACUAGCCUUAGUACUGCUUGUUUCGCCCGCCGCACCGCUCGAGGAGAUUGAUUGCGUUAUCGACGAGUCACAAAACCCUCACACCACCCACGACAACCACCGCCCAGUCACCAAGUCGCAGGUCAACUAGCCAGAAGAUAGAACGGCUUUGGAAAGCAACCGAAAUCGCUCAUCGAGCCAGAGUUGCCAGAAUCCACUCCCUCCUGAGUUGGGCGACGCCUCUAAACGCCCUCAAAAAUGGACCCCUCGUUCAUUUUUGGGGCUUUACCAGUCGGCACUCUCCCUCGUCCACAGACGGCACAAUCGACACAGUAUUUCCACCCUCAGCACCCUCAGCACCCUCAGCGCCCACCGCUAUCGGCUGCUGCCACUCGUGUUCGCCAGCAACACCGCGACGACGACGGCGACGGAUCGUCGAAUCGCAUCGCGCAUACCCUCACAGCAUGUUGCCGUUGUCGCCAGCGCAAAACACGAUGCGACCCCACCCUCCCGCGCUGUCUUCCCUGCGAACGUUCAGGCUCCAUUUGCGAAUACUUUGACACCACCAAGGGCAAGAAGAUCAACCGCAACUACGUAGUCCGACUGCAGACGCGCGUGCGACACCUCGAGUCGGAGCUCGCCCAGUUCACCGAUGACGAUGAGUUCCCCCGCAAUACCGAGGACAUGGUACGGCCAGGCGGUUUGGUCAAGUUGGACGAACAUGAUGAGACGCCCAGGUACCUUGGUCCGAGCAGCGGAAUCGCCAUGACGAGGCUGGUUAUGGAGGAUGCGAAGCGCUUCACGGAAGCAAAAAAGAUAUCUGAUGUCAUUCCUUCGGUGGGCUCCCGAAGGAUGGACAGGUCGAACAGGAUGCAGAGUAUUGUCAGUUACGGCGGAAGCAUAAGCGGUCCAAGCCUUCGCAAGAAGAGCUAUCCUAUGAUCAGUGCGCAUGCCGCUCGGGAGUUGCCGUCGCGACCGAUGGCUAACAAGCUGUUGGAGGUUUACAUUCAAAGAGGUCAAGUUUUUCUUCCAACUCUUCACGAGGUUGUACUUGCAAAAGACCUCGAAGAGGUUUAUAACGGAGACAAAGAUCCGCAUAAAAACUUUAUUGUUUGGAUGGUCUUGGCAAUCAGCCUCCAAAAGUUGGAGCUGCAAUAUGCAGGUCUAGCUGACGGUUUUUACUUGGCGGCCAUGCAGUACUUUGAGGAAGUAGUCAGGACGAAGGACUUGCGGACACUCCAAUGCCUGGUUCUCAUAGGCCAGUAUUCAACUCUGACUCCUACUCGAUCGGCAGUCUACUACAUCGUAGGCCUCGCUACUCGUAUUUGCCAGCAAUUGGGAAUGGGUGAAGAAAAGACGAUAAAACGAGAGUACGACUUGGGGCUCAUUGACAUGGUCACCCUUGAUCUCAAGAGGAGGCUGAGCUGGAUAAUUCUUUCCAUGGAAUUUGGUCUAGCGCACAGUAUGGGCAGGCCCAACGGUUUCGCCAAGGGGGACGACUUCAUGGAUGUUGACUUCUUUGACAGCCGCCCGGAUGAGCUCAUAACGGCUGAUGGGAUCAAAGAAGGUCCUCCAAGCGAGAAGAAGCUCAUGGCGAUCCACUUCCUAAAGAUGAGGCUCCUUCAAGCAGAAAUUAGACGCAAGUUGUACGAAAAGAAGCGGCCGGAACCAAGGGAUGAACGCCACCCUUGGUUUGCACAAAUGCUGCAGAAACUCCAGGAUUGGCGUGACUCUAGUCCGAAACAACCGGCGUGGUGUGGUCCCUGGUUCACUGGCAAGUAUCACAGUAUGGUUGUUGGUCUUUAUAGGCCAUCGCCACAAGUACCAAAGCCUUCUAGUGCGGCGGUUUUGAGGUGCUUUGAGUCUUCGGCACAUAUCAUCGAACUUUCAAGCCAGCAGCUUAAGCAGUCCGCGGUAGACAUUACUUGGAUAUUCCUUUUGACUAUCUACAUGUCCCUCAACACAUUGCUCUGGUCGGUCUCAUAUCCUGAAGUGCGCAAAGUGCAUUCGCGUGAGCAGCUUGAGGAGUUGGUGCAAACUUGCCUCGAUACAGUUGACCAGUGCUCAGAAAGGUGGCCCGGCACCGCAACAGCAUCCCAGAACUAUGCAAAUCUUGCAAGAGCAUGCAUGCAUAGCUACGAUCAGGCUGACGAGCAGCCUGCUCCACCCGUGUUUUCGAACAGCUUUGCAACGCCCCCAUCGCUGACUGACACCAGCUCGCCCUCUGCAUCGGACACAUCCGCUCACACUGCCGCAUCAACAACCUCAGCGCAACCGCAUCACCAUCACCAGCAACCCCAUGGACAGCCCCUGUUUAACAACUCCCAGUUAUUUGGUUACAGUUUUGAUCAACCCCAGCAGCAGCAAAAUCAGCAGCAGCAGCAGCAACCAGAACCGACAUUCAAGUUCGAGAACACGUUCGAUGAUGGCUUCCCACCUCCUCGCCAUCCACAAUUUCGCACCGGCUCCAUCUUCUUCAACCCUGCGUCGGAAUCAGGCGGUGGAGGCGGGAGGAAGCCGUCGUACUUUCCUCCGGAUUUUGUACAGGAUGAAGGUCCAGGGCCUAAUCAGAUCGAUGAUCCCACACCACCUGCUUCCACUACGCCGCACGCCAGCAACCUCUCGUCACCCCGUAAUAACAUUCCAACGCCGCCAGAGUCUCUAGGCAAUGGUAGCCACGCUCAAUCUAACAAUGCGCUGUCCCCGGCUAUUAACUUUACCGACACGGGAUCUGUCCAUCACACUCCCGUCAUGGGCCACCAAAGCCCGCCCAUGCCCCACGAGACAGGGGCAAUGACCCCAGGCGCGCCGGCUAUCAAAUUCACCCCUCAGACGCCGCAGACCCCUCAAGGGCACCCCACGCCCCAGGGGACGCCACAACGACCGAUUUUUGCAGUCCCUGCGCUGCCGCCUCAUGCGCAGCAGAACCAGCGGCACCAUCAACAAGUUCAUCAACACGAUCAGCAGCAUCAGCACCAGCCGCAGCAGUGGUUCAACCAGCCCCCACCGCCCAUGCCCCAAUACGCUGCCUACUCGCAGAACAACGCGGCCGUUUUUAGCAAUGGCACGCACAACUUUGGUGACCCUGGCAGUGCGGCUGCAAUGCUUGGCGCCAUGCCGCCCGCGGGAUUCGGCGGCCCACACAUGAAUCACGGUCCCCCCGAUGGUAUGGGUAACUUUGGCGGUUUCCCAAUGGACCCGAUGAGGCAGGGUAGUCUGACGCACGAGCAGUUGUCGGAGCUCAUGGGCGUCCUCGAGCAGGAUGGCAUGACCGAGAUCAACCAGCUGCUUGGCAUUGGUCCAAGCGGUAACGGCGGUGGUGGCGGUGGUGCCCCAGAUGAAGUGAGGUGGUAAUGUUUGAUUCAUCCUUUUUUCUUCUUUUGCUUUUAUGUCUUUUUGUGUUGAUAUCACAAGGUUGCCCAAAGAGCCUGGUAUCAUAGGAAAUCAUGUUCUUUACUUUGUUUUCCUACCUAUUUUUAUCUACAAUGCUAAUCUCAGCGCAAGGGGGAGUAUCUAUCUAUUGGGUGCGAACAUAAGGCGGGACACUAUAGAUGGUUUGGGUUUUUUUUAGGUGAAAUAGCGUUUAGUAGCAAAUGAUGUUUUGGUUAUGAAAGUACAAAAGAAAUGAAAUUAAGCAACAUUUAGUCAUGGAUCUCCG